GAAACACUUCCUCCUCCACCCUUUUCUUUUUCAAGUCAGAAGUGUUCCCGGCAAUAGCUGUAAAUAUUCUUUGACAUUUUGAAACAGUUGGAAUUUCUAUCACGGGAGUGAAAAGCCUCGGAUCUAUGAAUGGUAAGGUUCUCCCACAGUGAAGACAGACAGCCCCAAAGUUGAGGAGCUCUGCAUUAUGCGGAGGAGUGACAACUAUUCGACAGUUCCUUGUGAAGAGAAGAACCUUGAUAUGGACAACACAAAGGGGCGGAGUGACUCCAUACCAAUGAAAACUCUUGAUGCUGAAGACAGAGCACCAUUGUGCCCUCGGUUAGGUCCUUACUUUGCUGAUGGACAGCGGCGAGUGGACUAUGUGCUUGCUUACCACGUCCAGAAACCCGGCAACAUUCAUCGAAAAUCACCCAAGUUUGGAGAUGACAACUUCAUUCGCCGGCUUCGACGUAGUUUGAGCAUGAGAAGCAGCCGUGCACCUUUGCAGCCCAAAGAAGACCCGGAGAUUGCUGCCCAAGAUGACAAGCGAUUCAAGCGGGAAGAGUUUGAAGACAACCUCAGAGAGACUGGGUUGGAAUUGGAAACGUCUGCUGAGUGUAAAAUCCCUGGAAUUGCAUUUUUGAAGAUCCAUGCCCCAUGGAAUGUCCUGUGUCGAGAGGCUGAGUUCAUGAAGCUCAAGAUGCCAACAAACAAGGUUUAUGAAGUUAAACAAGGAAGUAAUAUUGUUGAAAAGAUCCGACUGUUCAUUCACAAAGUCACAUCUCCUUUGCACCCAAAAGUGGACGCCAAUAAGCUUGAAAGUGUGAAGCCCCUCUCUCACACUUUUUCCAGAGAGAAGGCACACCUAUUUGAUCUGUCUGACAAAGAUAAUUUCUUUGACAGCAAGACAAGGAGCUCAAUUGUGUAUGAAGUGCUCAAAAGGACGAAAUGUACUAGGGACAUGUACUCAAUGGGAAUCACCAGUCUGCUUGCCAAUGGUGUUUAUACAUCUGCUUAUCCUCCUCAUGAUGGGGAGAUCGAGGGAGUCAAUGCCAAACCCAAUGACAGAAAGACGCUAUAUGAGGAAUGGGCCAGCUACAGUGUCUUCUACAAGUACCAGCCCAUUGGACUAAUUAGGAAGUAUUUCGGGGACAAGGUUGGCCUAUACUUUGCCUGGCUGGGAGUCUACACACAGAUGUUAAUCCCUGCUGCCAUUGUUGGAGUGAUUGUAUUCCUCUAUGGCUGUGCCACUGUUGAUGACAAUAUCCCAAGUAUGGAGAUUUGUGAUCCGAGGAACAACAUCACAAUGUGCCCACUCUGUGAUCGCGCUUGUAGCUACUGGAAACUUAUGACAGCAUGUGGUACUGCUCGAGCCAGCCAUCUCUUCGACAACCCAGCAACUGUGUUUUUCUCCGUCUUCAUGGCUCUCUGGGCUGUUCUCUUCAUGGAGCAUUGGAAGAGACGACAGAUGCGACUUAACUAUGUCUGGGACCUGACAGGCUUUGGAGAGGAAGAGCAGGAGGAACACAAGGACCACAACCGAGCCGAGUAUGAGGUCCGUGUCAUGCAAAAGGCAUUGAGGCAGGAAAAUUCCAUUUCGAAGGAUGAGAAAGUGAAGCUGACAUGCACAGACAGACUGCCAGCUUACUUGACUACUGUGGCCAUGAUGGCUUUCAUGAUCUCAGUGACAUUUGCCAUUGUCUUUGGGGUUGUUCUCUACCGGAUUACCAUUAAGACAGCUUUACAUGUGAGCAGCUACCCUGCAGCACGGGAAAACGUACGAGCCACCGUCAAAACAACAGCUGCCAUCAUCAACGUCAUCAUCAUCAUCAUCUUAGAUGAAAUCUAUGGCGCUGUUGCACGCUGGCUCACUGUACUUGAGGUUCCAAAAACAGAUAAAAGCUUUGAAGAGCGGCUGAUCUUCAAGACGUUUGUUUUGAAGUUUGUCAAUGCCUUCACGCCUAUUGUUUAUUUGGCUUUUUUUAGGGGGAGGCUUGUUGGGCGGCCAGGAAACUACUUGUAUGUUGUAGGAUCAUACAGAAUGGAAGAGUGUGCCCAUGCAGGCUGUCUUAUGGAAUUAUGCAUCCAGUUAUGUAUCACCAUGCUUGGGAAGCAAUUCAUCCAAAACAACCUGUUUGAGAUUGGCAUACCCAAGCUGAAAAAAAUGCUACAUAAGAAAAAGUCUGCGAUGGACUCAAAGCAACAAGAAGAGCUGAUCAAAACCUUGCCGCAACACGAGAAGGACCAUUUCCUCUGUCCUUUUGCUGGUCUUAACCCAGAGUACAUGGAAAUGAUUAUCCAAUUUGGGAUGGUGACUCUUUUUGUGGCCUCGUUUCCUCUGGCGCCACUCUUUGCUCUUCUGAAUAACGUCAUUGAGAUACGUCUGGAUGCCAAAAAGUUUGUUAUGGAGCUCCGAAGGCCGAUUGCAGGGAGAGCCAAAAACAUUGGUAUCUGGUACAACCUAUUAAGGGGACUCAGCAAGGUGGCUGUGAUAGUAAAUGCCUUUGUGAUCGCCUUCACAUCUGACUUCAUCCCACGGCUUGUGUACCAGUACAUGUACAGUCCUGAUGGCACCAUGCACGGCUUUGUCAAUCACUCUCUGUCUUACUUCAACGUGAGUGACUUUGAGCCUGGCACAGACCCUUACCAGCCAAUGAUCCUAGGCCAUAAAGUAAAACUGUGCAGGUAUAAGGACUACAGAGACCCUCCCUGGUCCAGCACACCAUAUGAUUUCUCCAAGGAGUUCUGGGCCAUUCUUGCUGUUCGCCUGGCUUUUGUUGUUGUCUUUCAGAAUGUGGUCAUGCUCAUGAGAGACUUUAUAGAUUGGUUGAUCCCAGAAAUACCAAAGGACAUCAGCCUCAAAAUACACAAAGAGAAGGUCCUGAUGGUGGAGCUAUUCAUGAAAGAAGAGCAUGGAAGGAGGCUUGCUCGACGUGACAGUCACAACCAUAACAGUUAUACUUCCCCGUCUUCCUCAAACCAGAGCCCACAACAACCACGAUCUCGGGCUGUGUCAAACACAAACUGCUCUUAAAGUAUUAGCUGUAGACGUCUGGAAGAAUAAGCAAAAAUUGCUCAUACAAAAAAACA